AGGAAAAAAACAAAAACAAAAAAACUUUGAAGCAAAUGCUUCCGCCAUAGCCAGGACUUCACGAACCUCAUUCCCCAAACGAACAGAAAUGCUAAGGGCAACCAUGUCAACAAUACCUCUUACCCUUCAAUCUUCACAAUCUCUCAAACACUUAUUCUCCCUUUCCCAUUUCCAAAAACCCCUUAUCCACUCUUUUAAUCAACCAAAAAAGCUCACAACUUUUACAAGAAGACUGUUUUCUAUAAAACCCAUUUCAGUUUCAUCCCCAAUUAGGACUUAUGUGGAUGAGAAAAUCGACCCCACAUACUUAUCUUGCUCCAUGUCACAUAAAAAUCCUCUCAAAGUUGCGGUUUUGGUUAGUGGCGGCGUUGAUAGCAGCGUCGCUCUUAGACUGCUUCAUGCUGCUGGACAUUCCUGUACUGCUUUUUAUCUCAAGAUUUGGUUUCAAGAAGACUUUGAGAACUUUUGGUCUGAAUGCCCAUGGGAGGAUGACUUAAAAUAUGCAAAGGCUGUUUGUGACCAGGUUGAUGUACCAUUGGAAGUUGUCCAUUUGACUGAUGAAUAUUGGAAUAAUGUGGUAUCAUAUAUCAUUGAGGAGUACAAAUGUGGCAGGACUCCAAAUCCAGAUGUCCUUUGUAAUACUAGAAUAAAAUUUGGUGCUUUUAUGGAUGCCAUUAGCGGAAUGGAAUUUGACUUUGUUGCUUCUGGACAUUAUGCAAAGAUUGUCCACGCAUCUACUGAUCAUCUGGAUGAACCUUCUAUCUUAGAAUUGUCAAAGGAUAUGGUCAAGGACCAAACCUACUUCCUUUCGCAUCUCUCACAGGCUCAGCUUAAACGGCUGAUUUUCCCACUUGGAUGUAUCCCAAAGGAUGAAGUUCGCAUGCUUGCUAAAUCAUUUAAUCUACCAAACCAAGACAGGAAGGAUUCACAAGGAAUAUGCUUUCUUGGCAAGAUAAAAUUCAGUGAAUUUGUCGCUAGACACAUUGGAGAAUCAGAAGGUGUUAUAUUGGAAGCAGAGAGUGGAGAUUAUCUCGGAAACCACCGUGGCUUUUGGUUCUAUACUAUUGGCCAACGCCAAGGUUUACGUCUUCCUGGAGGACCCUGGUAUGUUGUGGAGAAGGAUAUUAAAAACAAUGUCGUAUAUGUAUCGAGAAAUUAUUUCUCUGUUGACAAGAAAAGACGGUUAUUUCGUGUUGGAUCCUUAAAAUGGCUCAGUGGGUUACCUCCUAGACAAAUCAGUCAGCUUCAAUGCAAGGUUCGUCAUGGUCCCGGUUUUUACAACUGCAGCUUGGCCAUGGAAGUUGAUGAACAUGGGCAGGAAGUUGCAGUUGUCCGGAUAUCUGAAGAUGAUCAGGGUCUGGCAGCUGGACAAUUUGCAGCCUUUUACAAUGGAAGGACUUGUAUUGGUUCUGGCGUAAUACUGGAGUCAUGGGAUGAUCAAGGAUAUCCAAUUUGUGAGAGGGCUCUUGAAAUUGCUCGAAUGGAAGAUAAAUCCAAGCUUGGGAAACCAGUCAAGAUAAUGGUAAAACCAGAGCAGAGUUUUGCUACAAUCUGAUAAAAAAUAUGAGGCAAAUCUUUAUAUGGAAUUGCUAAUUCUGGAAUUGCUAAUUCUGGAAUUGCUGUCACUAACUAGAUUUCACCUGGUUUGGUAUGCAUUACAUUGGCUGCAAUAUCUUGAAGAAUAUCAGUGAUAAAGUGUUUUAGGCUCUAUACAUGUAAACUCUAAUGAGUUAAAGAUUUAUUAGGAGGGUUAAGUUUGUUAUAUAUAAUAUUGGACUGAGAUAUGGUCACGGGCUCGAGCCGUGAAAGUAGCCAUUGAUGCUUGCAUUAAGGUAAGUUGUCUACAUCACACCCAAGGGUGCGGUCAUUCCCCGGACCCUGUGUGAAUGCUGAUACUUUGUGCAUCGGACUGCUCGACUGAGAUAGAGCUUAUAUGGACAGGAGAAGUCGACCCUUGCUUGCGAUUGAGGCGCAAUAGUUGUUAUUAUUGUCAAGAGAGCUAGUGAAAUAUGCACCUGGGCAUUGGAGGAGGGUGGUUGGUUGAUUUUUAGUUGUAUAGGAACUAUCAUUUAUCUUUAAUGAUACAAUAUUUCCCAAGAUUUAGUUGGGAGGCAUUGGUUAAGUGAAGCAGCUUUAUAUCUCAGUAGAUAGACCAGUUGCUAUCUGUUUUAUAGAAUAUCUUUUUCUUUAAUUUUCUUUUAGUUUCCAAUGAUAAAAACACAAUGAUAUUAAAAGAGAUGUAUGUACCCCUUUUUCUUUAAUAGUCUGACCGUUUGCUUAUU